AUGAAUUUUGGAAGAGUUCCGGAGAAUCAGGAAGGACGUUUGGGGUUUUGGGGACAUGAAACGGAGCAAGAAAACCUAAGGCUGGGUAACGGGGAAUUGAGGAGGACAGAGGAGUCGAUAGAAGAACAGGUAGACAGUGAGGAAGAAGAUGGCCCUAGACGCAAAAGAAGGCGUGUAGAGGCGAGUGGUGGUAUUGGAGUUGUCGACUCUGCGGGUAGCGAUGGUGAGGAGGAAGAGGAGGAGUCUUUAGAGCACGAACGAUGGUCGUCUGAUAGCGAUGUAGAGGAGGACGAGGUUUUAGUGGGGCACUCGCAGCGGGAUCUACGGGCGCUGGCGGCGGAUAGGGUAGAAUCGAGACAAAACACAGAGUCGAGUGAGGAAGGUUUGGAGGGUGGUUUAGAAGAGAUAUAUUCUGUUGGAGAGGACGGUGAUCAGUCGAUAUACGGCGGUAGGGAGACUAUUGAUGUGGAAGAGGAGGCGAAGUUGCAACAAGUGGUUAAGAUACCGGAUGAGCAAGAACAGGAUUUGAUAUCAGGGAAUCAGAAAGGGAGUAGUCCUGUGGAGCAUAUGAAGGCUUCAGACUACCGGUGCCCUAUUUGUUUUGAUCCUCCGGAGGCUGCUUUGAUGACUCCAUGUGGGCAUGUUUACUGCACGGUGUGUUUGUUCCAAAUGGUAAACAGUUCUCGUGGAUAUAGGCGAAAUGGGCAAUGCGCACUUUGUAGGAAGGACGUCAAACUUAAAGAGGUUGGGUUGAUAAUCUUGAGGAAGAAGCGGGUCAAGAAAGAGGGUUAA